AUGGAAGACUACCAUGAUGAGGGGAGUGGAACCUCAACCCAGCACGUUAUCGUGAUAGAGUCUGCAGAUGCAGAGGCUGAAGAUCCUGGUGUCAAGCUAGAGAGGUCUGAAGGAGAGGAAGACCCAAGGCACAGCAGACACAUCCAAACUGGAACGGCUGAAGCGCCCCAUGUAGACAGAGAAGACCCCACCGCCCCAGCACAGCCAAGGACCCGACGCAGCAUCACGGAGGAGGAGGAGGGUCCAGAGGUGCUGCUGGUGAAGGAGGAGGGGUGUGAGGAGGGUCUGGGGAACCCUGAGGGGACCAUGGUCAUGGAGGACAACCUGACUACACCUCCUCCUGAACCCACAGAGGAACCAACUAAGCAGCACAGGACCAAACACAGUCUCACUGAGUCAGUAGACAUGGAGGAUGGGAAGCCUGAUCUGCUGAUAGUCAAAGAGGAGACAAUAGAAGACAUAUCAGAGAGCACUGACCUGCUGAGUGGACUAAAGAUGGGGGAGCAAGGUGGUUGGCUAGAGGCUAACAGAGGAGUCUGGGUGUCCAUCUUAGAUUCCCAGACCGGUGCAGCCAAGAUCCCAGGGGAUGACAUCACUGAGCAGGCCAGGACCAGAUGCAAAAUAGUGGAGGUCAGCGGAUGGGACAGCGUCCUCAACUCUGGGCUGGGGAACAACACUGUUAACCGCAAUCAGAAACAGACUGUGGAACACAAAACAACAUCUGAACUUAGUCUCCAUGACAACAGACUGACUGAGACCAGGGCGAGGCGUAGAUUUGGUCUGCGAGCACGGGGAGGUGUCCGUAUUCAGCUGGAGAGAACAGACACAGAGUUGGUUAGCGAUGCUCCCUCCUGCUCCUAUAGUUGUGAUUCAGAGAGACUGAUGGCACCUCCGGUUAACCCCAUAACAGGUGCUGCCUUCAACCUGCCUUCUAUAGGAUCUAUCAACUGGAACAUGGACCCUGUGACAACACAGACACUCCCUGGCCUUCGUCCUCCUCACACUCUCCUGAUGUUAAACCAGACCACAGACAAUGCCAGUGCCUCAAUACUAAAUGGCUACACAAGCCCAUUGACAAAUGACAUGGGUAGUAACGCUAUCAGCAGAUCCAGUGGCAAAGAGAAGCGCUUCCUGUGUUCGUUCUGUGGGAAAGCCUUCAGUUUCCCUAAACAGGUGGAGAUCCACCAGAGGAUGCACACGGGGGAGAAACCGUUCAGCUGCCAUCUGUGCCGGGCUAGUUUCUCCCACUCGUCCAGCCUGAAGAGGCACCAGAUGGUCCACACAGGGGUGAAACCCUUCAGCUGUACCCAGUGUAAUAUGCGCUUCGCCCAGGCUGGUGACCUGAAGAGGCACCAGAGGGUCCACACAGGGGAGAAACCCUUCAGCUGCCCCCAGUGUGAGAAGAGGUUCACCCGUCAGAACCAGCUGAAGAUGCACCUGAAAGUCCACACGGGAGAAAGGCCGUUUGCCAAUACGCACUGCAGGAAGAGGUUCUCAGAGAGGAGCUACCUCAGGAUACACCCGCAGAAAAACCAUUCCACUCUAUAACAUAGAAAGUAACCAUUCCGCUGGAUAGCUUCUGAUAUGUUGAUCAAACCCUGCAAAAAGACAAAGAUGAAUUUUCAUUGUUGUCAGCAGAAAAGACCCACAGAUGCAGAUUUCAGUGUUGAAUAUUCUUUGGGAGAAUAUUUCAUCCAGACAUUGUGUGAUAUAUAAGGCAUAUAUAAGCCUAAAAAGCCUACAUAUUGUGUUUGUAUUGUGUAGGCUAUAUGAUGUUCACAAAUACCUAUUUCUUUACUUCUAUUAAACUACCCCCCAAUACACUUUUAAUGAGAAAGUGAAUGCGGUUUAUCAAGUUAAUGCAGAGUUUUAGUUGAGAUGUGUGGUUUUCAUAUGGUGUAUUUACAACUGGUUUAUGUUAAAUAAACACUGACUUUUCA